GCUCGGCAAGAAGAUAUAUGAAAAUUGUGUUUUAAGGAGUCUAAUUGUAAUUUUCUUUGAUUUCAUUGUAGAAAGAUAUCAUGAAGUUCGGAAAAACCUUUGAGAGCCAUUUAACACUUGAAUGGCGUCAGCAGUAUAUGGAUUAUGGGGAGCUUGAUGCCAUGAUACGCACCGCGGUGGACAAUGCGCCCGAUAAACAUAUCCGAAGGUCUAAUAGAUAUAUACGAGAGCAUGAUUUAAAUGUUGAUCCGAUUACAGAGGAGUACUAUCAAAAUUUCGAGCGCAAUUUCUUUGCCGUUUGCCAUCAAGAACUGAGUCGCGUUGAGGAUUUCUUUGCCCAGAAGUUGGCCGAAGCACGUCGCAAACUUGACCAGAUCAAAAUCCAACUGACCUCGACACCACGCUCGUAUAAUACACGCCAUUUGGGCUUCGUCUGCAGCGAGUUCUACUUGAGCCUUAUCAUGCUACAAAACUUCCAGAGCCUAAACUAUACGGCUUUUCGCAAAAUAUGCAAAAAGUAUGACAAGCAUAUCAAGUCUCAAAGAGGCGCCCAUUGGUUCAGAGAGUACAUUAGCGACGCGCCCUUCAGCAAGCAGGAAGAACUGCUGACAAUGAUUAAUGAAGUGGAGAAUCUAUAUAUGACCCAUCUCACGAACGGCGAUCGCGCCAAAGCCAUGGCCAAGCUGAGAGUUCCACCACUGAGACAGGCCUCGCCACCAGUGAGGGUAUUCAUGGCCGGCAUGUUGCUGGGCCUAUUCAUUGUCAGCGCCAUUGUUGUUAUCCUCUCAUUGAUCUAUGUGCGCAGUAAUUUGGCGCUGUUCGCAACAUUUGGUUACAUGUAUCGGGGUAUCUUCACCUGGGUACUCUGCUGCUUCUAUUUGGCAAUCAAUGUGUACGUGUGGCAGAAGGUGGGCGUUAAUCAUGUGCUGAUCUUCGAGCUGGACGUCCGCAAACGAGUGCUGCCAGCGACGUUUUUGGAGGUGGCCAGCGGCUUUGGUUACCUCUGCACUCUGUCCAUGCUCAUGUUUCUGCAUCACAAUGAAUUCGGCGUAUCCCAUCCAUAUAAUUUCCCCUUGAUCUGUAUGGUGCUGCCACUGGUGCUACUGAUCAUUCCAAUACCCAUACUCCAUUUAAAGGCGCGAAUGUGGAUCUUGCGCUGCUUUGGGAGAAUUUUUGCUGCUCCAUUUUUCUUUGUGCAGUUUGCCGACUUUUGGAUAGCUGAUCAGCUGAACUCCUUGGCUCUGUGUAUUGUGGAUAACUAUUAUUUGGCCCGGUUCUAUGUUCGCUACUACGCGGACCAUGUCAAGGCCCUUGACUUCGAGCCAGACUUCAUGGUUCCCAUUCUACGUUGUCUGCCGCCCUGGUUCCGUUUAGCCCAGUGCCUAAAGCGAUAUUGGAAUUCCAGUAAUAGGCCGUAUUCAUAUUUCCUGAAUGCCGGCAAAUAUUUCAGUACCAUUGUGGUGGUCAUCUUUUCUACAAUUGCAAUGAAUUCGAAUGAUAAAUAUGAUACCAUAUUCGCGAAUCCCUGGAUAUGGCCGUAUCUAGCCUCGGCUCUCAUAUCAGCCAUCUAUUGCUCAGCUUGGGAUCUAAUUGUUGAUUUUGGUCUAUUUAAGGUUUGGAAGGGUGAAAACAUAUUUCUGCGCCAGAAUCUCGUGUAUCGCAAGGGAUUUUAUUAUUUUGCUAUCAUAUCGAAUGUUCUGAUACGUUUCAUCUUUAUCCCGGAGAUAUAUUUAAUUUACUAUAAUAUUUUAUUGCCUUACAAUUGCAAAACACUUGAAAGUUUCUUAGAGGUAACUCGUCGUUUCAUCUGGAACUUCUUGCGCCUGGAGAACGAGCAUUUGUUCAAUGUCGGCUACUUUCGCGCCACCCGCGACAUUUACCUAAAUCCCAUCGGCCUUAGAGCUGACACAGAGGAAGAAGGAAGCCACGACAAGGGUGUACAGACCAGCAAGCGAUCAAGCUUUUAAUGAAUAUUACUAAUUACAGCUAUGAUAUCCAAAUUUGAUUUAUUCAAAACUAAUUUAUCUAUUAACUAUGUUCUGUUCAACAUUAAACUAAGCACAAAUCAGAGAUAUAGCUACAAAAAAAGAAUUAC